AUGCAUCGGAAAGGGUCCUACCUUUUUGGAACUUUUAAGACGGAAAUCGAAACACUGUUGAACAUAUUUGAUGCCAAGUUAGUCGAUAAAUCCAGUUUUUUUAAAGAAAGAAUUGGGAAAAUGCUUAGAAUAGUCAAAGAGCUUCGUACACAUCUACAGAAAGCAAAGGACGCAAUGCUGAACGUGGAUGGUGAUAGUCUUGAAAAAAAUAUAUUUAGCGGGCUGAGAGGAAAAGAGUAUGACUGGUUUAAAAGCCAGAACGAUGUCGAUAUUUGGAAGCUUCUUCAAAAUGCAGGCGAAAUUUCAGACAAAAUACGUAAGGCGUUGUACGAAUAUGAGAGUAAAAGCCAGAACGAUGUGUCAAUAGUCGUCGAUAUUUGUAAGUUUCUUCAAAAUGCAGGCAAAAUUGUAGACAAAAUAUUUAAGGUGUUGGACGAAUAUGAGACAAAUUUAUUAGAGGUUCAAGCGCAGUUAGGUGGUUUGGUUAUAGUUACUAAAGCAGAUUUUAACUAUUUGAUAAAAUCGCUGAGAGACUUGCACAAAAGUCACCAAAAAUUUAUGCUAAAAGAUAGUAAACCAACCUUUAUGAACAGAUUAAACUCCACCGUGCGGUAUACAGCUGAUGAACACGCCCUGAUCUUCUGUUGGAAGGUUACGGAGGAGUCCGAAGACAACAAACUUACUAGCUAA